AUGCGACUGAAAGUUUUUUGUUUUGUGUACUCUUUAAGUGUCUCCAUGUUUUCUUGCCAAAACCUAACCGGAGAUAAUAUAUGUCGAUAUGGAAUGACCAUGGUUUGUUGUAAGGAUUUUAAGCAAGUCGGAAAUAUGUGUGUAGAAUGUGACCCGGGUUAUAGGGGAGCUAACUGUUCUGUGACCUGCCCAACCAACUACUUUGGACAGCGAUGUAGCCAGAAAUGUGACUGUUUGCCAUUUCAGUACUGUGAUGCUAUGAGUGGUUGCCAAUGUAACGAGACCAGUGCACGUUGUCCAGAUUCUGACGAAACACAGUUGAGAACAACAGGAGAAGGAAAAAUAGGAACCAAUUACCAAUACAAUAUUGCCCCUACUUCCAAUACCUGUGUCAUCCAUGGAGCAAUAUCAUCAACUCCGUCUUUUAUUGCCUUGAUUUUUAUCGCAAUCACUUGCUUAAGAUUUUGAAUGAAGGAUAUCAACAAUGACUGAAGCAAGAAAGAAGUUAGGGAUGAUCUUUCUUUUGUGCUAUAAAACUGACAGACAGGAUGUGGAGAACAAAGAAAAACAAAUAAAGAAUCAAAGAGCUGAGAAUGACUAAGCUUUAGGUCAACUUUGAUUUACAAUACUUCUUAAAGUAACUUUUAAAAGCAAUCAACUCAAAAUAGACUAGUAUUUAAGAUAUGUUUUCAGUGCAAUAUGUAGUUAUCAUUCCAAACAAAAUGACGAAAGUCCCAUCUCUGAACAAAAGGAAAAUAUGUCCAAGAUUUAAACUUGUCAGUAUUACAUGCAAAGCUAUUUAUCAGAGCACAAAAGAUAAACCCUCUACUAAUUGAACGAUGGCAACAGUUGUUUGUAUUCGUUUGUUGGAAUAAUUUAUAUCUUUCAGCAAGAAUGAUAUUAUUCAAUUAAAUUUCCAGCCCUUGAAAAGGAAUGGAUGAAACUCUUUAUAAAAGGGCAACAAUCUGAAAUAGAUCUUCUUUAUAUGUGCUUCAUACAGCAAUAUUGAUUUUUAUAACAGUUUUCGGAAAUUCGAAAGUUUACAAAGAUGCUUAGGUGCUCUUACACAACAUAGUUCCUUAUUUGUAUAAAAUAUUCAGUUUUUUUUUUAAAAAGGAACUUAACAUCAAAUGUGCAAAAAGAUACAAGUACACACAUAUCAUUUUUUGUCUU